CAUAAUAGAGUCCCAUUGGCUACUCUCAUCUCUCUCUCUCUCUCUCUCUCUCUCUCUCUCUCUCUCCCUGGGUUGUGGUUUGCAGUCUCAUCUCAUAUCAAUGGCUACUCAAGGUCAGGUCAUCACGUGCAAAGCUGCGGUUGCUUGGGAACCGAAUAAGCCGCUGGUGAUUGAAGACGUCCAGGUGGCGCCGCCGCAAGCCGGCGAAGUCCGAAUCCAGAUCUUGUUCACUGCGCUCUGUCACACCGAUGCUUAUACUUGGAGUGGCAAGGAUCCUGAGGGUCUUUUUCCAUGUAUUCUUGGUCAUGAAGCUGCUGGGAUUGUAGAGAGUGUUGGUGAAGGUGUAACUGAAGUUCAGCCUGGAGACCAUGUCAUACCUUGCUACCAAGCAGAAUGCAAGGAGUGUAAGUUCUGUAAAUCCGGAAAGACAAACCUUUGUGGCAAAGUUAGGGGUGCCACUGGAGUUGGAGUCAUGAUGACUGAUCGCAAGAGUCGUUUCUCAGUCAAUGGAACUCCCAUUUAUCAUUUUAUGGGAACUUCAACAUUCAGUCAGUAUACUGUUGUCCAUGAUGUUAGUGUUGCAAAGAUUGAUCUAAAAGCCCCAUUGGACAAAGUUUGCCUUCUUGGUUGUGGUGUUCCGACAGGCCUUGGAGCAGUUUGGAACACUGCAAAAGUAGAACCCGGUUCCAUUGUUGCUGUUUUUGGUCUUGGGACCGUCGGUCUUGCAGUGGCAGAGGGUGCAAAAGCAGCUGGUGCUUCACGUGUUAUUGGUGUCGAUAUUGACAGAAAAAAGUUUGAUGUUGCUAAGAAUUUCGGAGUCACGGAAUUUGUGAAUCCAAAAGAGCAUGACAAACCAAUACAGCAGGUUAUUGUUGACCUUACGGAUGGUGGCGUUGACUACAGUUUUGAGUGCAUUGGAAAUGUCUCUGUAAUGAGAUCUGCCUUGGAGUGUUGUCACAAGGGAUGGGGUACCUCUGUUAUUGUGGGCGUUGCUGCUUCCGGUCAAGAGAUAAGCACUCGUCCUUUCCAGUUGGUGACUGGCCGUGUUUGGAAAGGAACAGCAUUUGGUGGUUUCAAGAGCCGUUCACAGGUGCCUUGGCUUGUGGAGAAGUACAUGAAGAAGGAAAUCAAGGUGGACGAAUACAUCACCCACAACUUGGCUCUUGAAGAGAUCAACAAAGCAUUUGAUUUGAUGCAUGAAGGGGGUUGUCUUCGCUGCGUCCUGAAGGUGCAAGCAUAAGAUGAUCCAUGCAGUCCUACCACCUAUCAGAAUCCAUAAUCCCUGGAAUCGCCUUUUGUUGUGGAAAAUCAAUUUCUAUAUGCUUUCUGUAAGCAUGGUUGGGGAUGGUUUUCCAGAAUUCAUCGUUUGCAUCACUAGUAGGAUUAUGUGUUACAGUAUCUAUUUGUGCUUAUAUUUAGCAACUACGGGCUCUGUGCGUAUGAUGUUACUGGAAGGAUUUUGCUUUGGGUGAUCUGCAUUCAAACAUAAGUUUGAUUUGAGUUUUUUCUAAUGUAAUUUUUGAGUGUUUCAAA